AUGGACUACCCAGCCUAUAUUGAGUCGUACAACACCGCGCACAACGAGCGGCAAACGGCACUUCGGUUUUUUACUGAUGACGUUAUUCUCGAAGACGGCACCAACAAGGUUCAGGGGCGCGAACAGGUCAUCAAACUGUUCGAAGCAGCCCACAAUGGAAUCAGCGAGGAGUUGAUAAUCCGUGCCUGGGCACAGACUGGGGAAACUAUACUGGCUGAGCUUGACGGCAAAUUUGUCAGUGAUGAGGAUACGCCGAAUCAUUUUUUCUACCCCUUCAAGAAGGGCGAGAAGGCGAGGUUCCGUUUUUUGGCGGCGUAUACGGUGGUUGCCGGGCAAUUUUCCCACAUUCGGAUCACCUGCUGGGCAUCUCCUCUCUCUGGAUAA